GGACAGCCGACCUUCGCGGGACUCUCAGUCUUUCCCGCCAUGUCGUUCGUGGAGAGUUGGAGGUUUGCGGGCGCGCGGAGGCGCCGUCAGGUUACCCCAGGCCCUGCGACUCGGCCCGGGUAUUCCGACUACACUCAGGGGGACAGCUGGGGUGAGGGCGAAGGCGACGAAGACGAGGGAUGCGACCAAGUGGCCCGCGACUUGCGGGCAGAGUUCUCAGCCAGGGCGUCGUCGGAGACCAAGAGGGCCCCGCUACUCCCCCGGGUCGGGGACGGGUCUCCGGUCCUGCCGGAUAAGCGCAACGGCAUCUUCCCGGCCACUGCGGCCAAGCGAACCCAGGCUCGGCGGUGGCCCAUCCAAGCCCUUUCCAUUCUCUGUUCGCUGCUGUUCGCCGUCCUCCUUGCUUUCCUUCUCGCCAUCGCCUACAUGAUCGUUAAAGAAUUGCAUGCAGAAAACUUGAAAAAUGAAGAUGAUAUACAUACUGGGCUGUUAGGCUUCUGGUCUCUGCUGAUAAUAUCUCUAACUGCUGGAUUGUCCUGUUGCAGCUUUUCUUGGACAGUGACUUACUUUGAUUCAUUUGAACCAGGAAUGUUUCCACCCACUCCUCUUUCACCUGCUAGGUUCAAGAAACUGACUGGACAUUCUUUCCACAUGGGCUACAGCAUGGCAAUUUUGAAUGGUAUUGUCGCUGCUCUCACUGUGGCAUGGUGCCUCAUGUAAACCUACACUAGAGCAACGUUGUUGGUGAAAGUCAUGAUGGUUUUUGAAGUAGCAGAAACGAAAUUGCUGACUCAGAAGACUUUGAAAUGUGAUCAGAUACUUACUAUCAUCAUUAUGGAAGACCUUAUAGAGGGCACUUCUUCAAUGUAUAAGAUGUUUACUUCAUCUUUUUACUUUUGUUUAUGUAGUUUAUCAGUUACAGAAAAUAUUUGAAUUGAAAUCAAACUUGGAAACUUGAAUACAUGACAUUGCCUACCUUUCUAUGUAUAUUCCAUUUUUUACUAACAGAUACUGAUAUUUGUGGUUGAGGUAGAAAUAUUUAUAUACUAUAUUAGGAAAACAGUACUGAGGCCAAGUGUGUUAGCAAGACCUUCAAGCCCAGCAUUUUGGAGACAGAAGCAGGUUCUGUGGGUUUGAGGCUAGCCUGUAGCUGCACAAUGAGAUCAUUUCAUAAAAAAGAAAACAAUUCCUAUUCUUUGACAUUUUGUAGAAGCUACAUAAAUCAGAGUUUUUGAUAAUCAGUAGAAUGCAUAUGUGCAUUUAUAUUUUUGUGGAGUGUACCUGGGUGUCUUAUAGAUUUUUAUAAUACUGCAUUUGUGUUUUAAAUGAUUACAUUUAUACCUAUAUGGCUGUAAAUUUUAUUUCUUAGCUGGUGUAGACCUGUCCUUUAGUAUUUUGUCUCUUCAAAAAGAAUUAAAGUACAUUGACUUGAGUUUAAGAUUAAGUAAAUAUAUUUUUUAACAAAAACAUACUACAAAUUCAGGGUAAACUAUUUGUUGUUAUAAUGUUAAGAAAUUUGAGACUUUUAGCCAUUUCUAUUUUCUACAAUUGAAAGUAUUUAUUUUGAUGUAUAUAUUAGGGUAGCAAACUUGUACUAUUUCAUUUUUAGUAAAUGAAAACCUAAAAAUUUUGUAUGUAGAAAUGUUUGAACUUGUUUAUUUUUAAUCUCGAGUAUUUAGUUGCCAAAGUAGAAAAGGUAUUUUGAUACUCUGUAUGUGUACAUAUAAUUUAACUGUAAUAUGUAUGUUGUAAUAUAUUAUAGAUACUGUACUUGUCAUAUCAAGGGUUCUUGUUGUUAUUAAUUAAGCUUUAAAUGUUUCUCUGUCUUGCUUGCUAUUUAAGUAUGUAGAAAGUCACCUCAAUCUUAGAAAGUUGUGUGGUUUACACAGCUGUUUGUCCUGGCUGUAGGAAAAUUUAGAUUAGGAAAACAUUGUGUAGUCAGUGUGUAUUCUAGCUAAGUGGCAAGUGAGUGUGUGUGUGUGUGUGUGUGUGUGUGUGUUACAUCUGCAGUCCUACUGUUGUUACUACACAAGGGUUCUAAAAGUCUCAACAUUUUCUCUAUAUUCUCCAAAAAAGGUCAUUUCCAUUUAAUUGGAAAUGGCUAAUAAUGUUCCAAUUAAAGUGAGUGAUGAAGAGGGACAUAGAUAGAUAGAUUCUUACUAAAUGCCAGUCUCAUGACUUAAUAGCCCUACUAAUUAUGCUUUUUAAAAUGAUUGUUCUUGUUGUUUAUUGGAUUUUUCAUACAAUAUAUUUUGACUUUAUUCUUUUUACACGAUUCCCUACCCCCAACUCUUUCUAUAUCAUCUCCUUUCCCUCCACCUCCCACCCAUCCAACUUCAUGUUCUAUCUUUCAGGGGGAAAAAGAAAUCUGUGUAUUUGAAUUAGUGUUUUUUUUUUAAUUCUCAGGCAUCUUACAUUCUUUCUUCUACCUUUCCCUUAAAGGACUCUUUAUUACAAAGAUAUGUUCAAAUUAUAAAAUUAUUUUAUCUCCUCUCUACCUGUGUAAAGCCCCAUUCCCAUUAUCACCCCAAUUAAAAUGGCUCCUUCCACUUC